AUGGACCAGAGCGACAUGACGAUGGCUACGUCGACCGCGAUGUCGGGUAUGGACAUGACCAUGACCAUGACCAUGACGAGUACCACUUCAAGCGCAAUGCCGUCGUCUACUGGGGGAAUGGACAUGGGCAUGGGAGAUUCCUCAGCAUCACCCAUUUUGAUGACAUCGGCGGAAAUGGCCAUGGUGUUUUUCCAAAGCGUCACCACCCCUCUUUACUCGAGCGCCUGGACUCCACAGGGUGAAGGCUCGUAUGCUGGCACAUGCAUCUUCCUCAUCGUCCUUGGCCUGCUCCACCGCAUCCUUAUAGCUGUACGAUCCGUCGUCUUUGAUUCGAAUCCAAAACUGCAUCGUCACCGUAAGGACGUGCCUUCAGACUCGGACGAUUACCCAGGCACCAAUAACGAGCUAGAGUCGAUGAGCCGGCAAGUCAGAUCUCAGUGGAAUAGUCAUCCAUUCAGGGUCGCCACCGAGACGACGCGCGCCUUGUUUGAAGUGGUGAUAGGGGGUAUCGGAUAUCUACUUAUGUUAGCUGUUAUGACGAUGAACGUGGGGUACUUUCUCUCUGUACUCGGAGGCAUCUUCCUCGGAGCAUUCGUUGCCGGUCGAUUUAGUGCUAGCGAUAUCCAUCAUUGA